UGAUGAUGACGUAGUUCAUAUUUUGGUAAGACAUCAGGAAGUACGGAAGAAAGCGACGACGGGGCGAAACACCGAGGAGUUGAAGUUUUUAGUGACCGUAGCAGCUAUAUUAAACCACUUUUUUUCGUUGGUUUUCACUAUAAGUAUUGAAUCCGCCUCAAAAUGCCAGCCAUGGAAAAACAUCUCUUCAAUUUAAAGUUUGCUGCCAAAGAACUACAAAGAAACUCCAAGAAAUGUGACAAAGAGGAAAAAGUAGAGAAGGCUAAAGUCAAGAAAGCCAUCCAGAAGGGGAACAUGGAAGUGGCAAGGAUCCACGCUGAGAACGCCAUCAGACAGAAGAACCAGUCAGUUAACUUCCUGAGGAUGAGUGCUCGGGUAGAUGCAGUGGCAGCGAGGGUCCAAACUGCAGUUACGAUGAACCAGGUCACAAAAUCAAUGGCUGGAGUGGUGAAAGGCAUGGAUGCCACUCUGAAGACUAUGAAUCUGGAAAAGAUUUCUUCUCUCAUGGACAAAUUUGAGCACCAGUUUGAAACUCUGGAUGUUCAGACAGCCCAGAUGGAAGACACCAUGAGCAGCACAACAACACUCACAACACCACAGAAUCAAGUGGACUCGUUGAUGCAUGAAAUGGCUGAUGAAGCAGGGUUGGACCUGAACAUGGAGCUCCCUCAGGGACAGACGGGAUCAGUGGGUACAAGCGUGGCUUCAGCAGAACAGGACGAACUUUCUCAAAGGCUUGCCAAACUCAGAGAUCAGAUGUAAAGGACAACUGCAGUGGACUGACACUGUGAUGCAGAGCGCUGAAACGCCCGUACACUACCUGAAUAUUACUCCAAAACACAGUUUAUUUGCAUAAUGUCUUUUCUCCUCUUUACAUCUCAUGUGUCACUGUUGAGGAGCUACUAUAUCAUCCUCAUUAUUUUCCUAGAUCAUGGCCACUGUUGUCCCUGUGUUGAUAAUAACCUCACAGCGAUAAGAAUCUUUCUAUAACCUAACAGAAAUGCUGGUCACAGAAAAUGGAUGUACUUCUUAAAUAUACAUAUCUAGCAAUUAAAAAGAACUAAACUUUUCUUUUAUGUAUACUUAAGAACUCUGUACAUUUAGAAAAAAAAAGGAGUGUGGCAGUUAUUACCGUGUAUUUAUAGGCCAUCCUCAUAUACUUGUGGUGAACAUGCUUCGGUCAAAAAGAGUCUGGGAUGGUAGAGUUAAUUUUGUGUUCCUAUGUGCAUGAUUGCAGCAGACAAAUUUGUUUUCUCUUCUUGGUAGCAGAAUGUGAGACUUUACCCCUUUACUGGUGAAUUGACUUCUUGUGUUGGUUUGCUGUAAUUGACUUCUGACAGAUAUUUUAAGAAGAUGCCGGAUGUUAAGCCUGUGUGUCUGGCUUGUCAUUUUGAGUAUAUUCACUGAUCAUUUGGGAAGGGGUUACAGUUUGAAUAUUACAUACAGGAAAUAAACAAUAAAAUUUUAUAAUACUUUUA